CUUCCCCCCCUCGUGUCUGCAAACCCACCCGCGCUUGCUCUCUCUAAAAUUUCGUUCCCUCCAAACCCUUCCACACAACAAAAAAGAGUAAACACUUAGAAAAUUGAAUUACAGAGACAGAAAAUCGAGUUUCGAUUAGGGCACCGUCAUCAUCAUCGUCUUCAUCGAUUCUGAAACCUAGCAAUGGGGAAAGACGACGAUGAGAUGAGAGGAGAGAUAGAGGAGAGACUGGUAAACGAAGAGUACAAGAUUUGGAAGAAGAACACACCGUUCUUGUACGAUUUAGUCAUCACUCAUGCUCUUGAAUGGCCUUCUCUCACUGUUGAGUGGCUUCCCGAUCGGGAAGAGCCGCCGGGGAAGGACUACUCGGUCCAGAAGAUGAUUUUGGGGACUCACACAUCCGAGAACGAGCCUAAUUACCUCAUGCUCGCUCAGGUUCAGCUUCCACUCGAAGAUGCAGAGAACGAUGCCAGACAUUACGAUGACGAUCGGUCUGAUUUCGGUGGAUUUGGCUGCGCCAAUGGCAAGGUUCAAAUAAUUCAACAAAUCAAUCAUGAUGGAGAAGUUAACCGAGCUCGUUAUAUGCCCCAAAACCAAUUUAUUAUUGCCACUAAGACGAUUAGUGCUGAAGUAUAUGUUUUUGAUUAUAGCAAACACCCAUCGAAGCCUCCUCUAGAUGGUGCAUGCAGUCCUGAUUUGAGGUUGAGGGGCCACAACACUGAAGGAUAUGGUUUGUCAUGGAGUAAGUUUAAACAGGGUCAUUUGUUGAGUGGUUCUGAUGAUGCCCAAAUAUGUUUGUGGGACAUCAAUGCGACUCCUAAGAAUAAGGCUCUGGAUGCCAUGCAAAUAUUUAAGGUUCAUGAAGGUGUUGUAGAAGAUGUAGCAUGGCAUCUGAGGCACGAAUACUUGUUUGGUUCAGUUGGGGAUGAUCAGUAUCUGCAUAUAUGGGAUCUCCGGACUCCAUCAGUCACCAAGCCAAUUCAAUCUGUAAUUGCUCAUCAAAGUGAGGUUAACUGCUUAGCUUUUAAUCCCUUUAAUGAAUGGGUUGUGGCGACGGGCUCUACAGAUAAAACUGUGAAGUUAUUUGAUCUUCGCAAAAUCUCCACAGCUCUCCAUACCUUUGAUUGUCACAAGGAGGAAGUUUUCCAAGUUGGGUGGAAUCCGAAGAAUGAGACCAUCCUAGCUUCUUGUUGUCUUGGGAGGAGGCUUAUGGUGUGGGAUCUUAGCAGGAUUGACGAAGAACAGACACCAGAGGAUGCUGAAGAUGGCCCAUCUGAAUUACUCUUCAUUCACGGUGGUCAUACGAGUAAAAUUUCAGAUUUCUCAUGGAACCCCUGCGAAGAUUGGGUUGUUGCUAGCGUAGCCGAAGAUAACAUACUUCAGAUCUGGCAGAUGGCAGAGAACAUCUACCACGAUGAAGAUGACAUACCAGCAGAUGAAUCCACAAAAGGUUCCUAGUAGUUCCCAUAUUAAAGAAUGCUCAAUCGUGAGCCAGAAAAAAAUAUAGUAGAUUCGAAUCAUCUUUUUCCUUUUUUGGUGUAUUGUUGUGUACCUUCAUGAUUUUCACUGAACUGAACUGUAGUGUUAUAAUUUAUGCAGUCUUGGUUAGCAGCAAACUUGGCUUGUUAUCUACUGUGAUUGUCCCUUUUCCA